CAAUGAUAUGCCUUGUUAUUUUUACCGUCGUGGUUCCCAGCGCGCAGGCUGCAAAUGCAAUGAACGUGUUUUGUGAAACAGAAGCGUUUGAAAACAUUUGUUUUUGUGUUUUUGUAUUAAAUUGACAUUUUUCACUCGAUCUCCAUCUUUGACGCGCAGCGACUGUUCUCCGCCAGCAGUAAUUCAAUGGAUUGAGAUGUGCUUACAAUCUGAAUCUGACAAGCCCCCCGGCGUCAGUUAACUGUACUGAGAAUACUGUACAACUAAACCGCACCAUGCCUCUUAACCCGAGCCUGUCCAGAGCAAAAGAUCGAAGCAGCAGUGUUCUGGGCCGACCUGAAUUCUUAUCGCUGAAUCAGCCACUGCGAAACAGCAGAGCAUCGAGAAGAGCCAACCACUGGAGGACCCACCAGUGUGAGAACCUUCCAGAGCCCGAGAGCACGAAGGAACGCAAAGAGCCGUCAAGACUUCCAGACGAAGACUGCAUGCUGCUCAACCCGUCUUUCAAAGGAAUCGCCAUAAACUCUCUGUUGGCCAUCGACAUUUGCCUCUCCAAGCGUCUGGGCGUGUGCGUCCACAGCUCGUCUUCGUGGGGCAGCGUUCGAAGCGUGGUCACUCUUCUGGCUCUGACGGGUCACGGCAUGACGUGGAUCUGUGGGACUCUGGUGUGUCUCAUGCAGAGUAAUACGCCGGCCGGGCAGGAGGUCCUGAUCAAUCUGCUCAUAGCUCUGGUCCUUGACAUCUUAACUGUGGCAGGGGUGCAGAAACUGGUCAGACGCAAAGGACCAUGGGAUAUGAGUCCAGGCUUUCUGGACUGCGUCGCCCUGGACACGUAUGCAUUCCCAGCAGCUCACGCCAGCAGAGCAGCCAUGGUUUCAAAGUUUCUCCUGUCCCACCUGGUGCUGGCCGUCCCGCUGCGUGUCCUCCUGGUGCUGUGGGCCUUUCUGGCGGGCGUGUCCCGGGUCCUGCUGGGUCAGCAUCACCUGACGGACACGGUGUGCGGGUUCGCUCUGGGUUUUCUUCACUUUAGACUGAUGGAGUCUGUGUGGUUGUCAUCAAGUGCCUGUCAAACGCUCAUCUCAAUGGGAACGUUCAGCUGGGGCUCGUCGAAUUAGAAUUCUACCUCGUGCAAAAGUCAAACUGACGUCUGUAGGGUGGACGGACACAUUCUUGUGUUUUGUGUUCUUUUUCAAAUGAAUUCAGCAUGCUUCGUUACAAAUCACAGCAGAGCAAUUUGAGGAAAACGUGUUGCCGUAAUGGCAUGCGUUUGAGUUCGGUGAUGUAAAAAAGGUUCUGUCAGGUUUUUCUAAAAAAUCUUUCGAUUUUAAAUCUUUAAAUCUAAAAAGUCUUUCGAUUUUUUUUUUUAUCACACUGAAUGUCCACAACUGCUCAUGAGCUCAAACAAUUUGCAUUUCACGGUUUUCUUUUUCGUCACGUGUCCCAGUUUCACUUCAUUAAUUCAGCUGAACUGAGACAGUCUUAAAAGUCUUGUGGCUGCCACCAGCUUCGUCUUGUUUUAUAAAUGGGAGCUUUUGUUGUCGAAUGACAAUUAUGCCGAGUGUCUCUUGAACUGGAGGGUUUCUGGACAGCUUUACAGAUAAAGAUAUGAAUUCAACCCCAAACGCAUGGUGUUCACUACAUCACAGAUAUUUCAAAGCCUUCUUUAACCAUUCAGUAUCCAUUAAUGUUAUGGACGAUGACCUUUGACCUUUACAUAUACUGUCAUUCUACAAGGCUGUCCUAUGUGAUUGUGUUUUUUACAUGACUGACUAAAGUGGUGAUGCACAAAUACCUCUGCAGUAUUCUGGAAUGUUCUCCGUUGCAAAUAUAUUGUACAUCGUUUUAUUUAUUUGUUCUUUACAUUGUUUUAUAUAAAUGACUUCAUAUGUUUCAGUUACCAUCUGCAAAUCGAAAAGUUGAAAUAAACUUAAUU